UCGUUCAAGAACGACACAUCACUACAAGCCACAUACACGAGUUUCUUAUCAGUUAGUGGAGAUGAACUGUGCUUAGUAUCUAAAGAUCAACCAACCGCUUGCAAAAACACUCAAUUUUUCCUAAAUGCAUGCAGCUGACUUCUUAACAAAAGUUGAAAUGUAAAACGUAUGAGAAAAUCGAUAAAAUGAGAAAAGUAAUAAUAGGAAUUGGUGGGACGACAAAUGGAGGAAAGACCACUCUGAGUAAAAGCCUUCAGGAGCUUCUGUGUAAUAGCUGUGUUAUUUCUCAAGACAGCUUUUUCAAGGAUGACUCAGUGGUCCCUACUGAUAUCAAUGGCUUUAAGCAGUAUGACAGUUUAGAUGCCCUGCACAUGGACAGGAUGAUGGGAGACAUUGGCUCGUGGCAGGAGGAUCCUGAGCACUUCAUGACAUCUCGUGGUUUUGCAGUGAAAUCCACAGCAUCAGAGCCACCCAAUGUGUUUGUUCUUAUAGUGGAGGGAUUCCUCAUUUUUAAUCAUAGGCAUCUUAAUAGCUUGUUCAACAAGAAGUACUUCCUGCAGAUCCCUUAUGAGACAUGCAAAGAGAGAAGAAGCUCAAGAGUCUAUGUGCCUCCAGAUCCACCAGGCUACUUUGAUGGGUAUGUUUGGCCCAUGUACCUGAAAAACAGAAAAGCGAUGGAAGAAGCUGUAAAUGACAUAGUGUUUCUGGAUGGCACACAGAAGAGAGAGACGUUGCUCUCAACAGUUCUUGCAGACAUUCAGGAAAUGCUUAUGGUUACACAGAGAUUAGUUAUUACAUCGUGAUGACCAACAUUUCAAGCUGAGAGGAAGUGUACUAGUGUUUCAGGAAGUAUACUAUGAAUACAUUGUGUUUAUCAGAGUAUUCAUCAAUGUCUUAUUUCACUUCCUCAUUAAAGUGCAUUUUGCCAUAAA